AAGAGCCAGUCCGCGGAUGACGGCUUAGAUUGACGAAAGAUGGUGUAGCAUAACUUGCAAACAGCACAGCAACAUGAUGGUCGGCAGUAAAAGAAGUGCGACCGAUGCUGGGUUCGUCUCAUCAUCUGGACAUGUUGAACCCACUGUCAAGGUUCCCACAUCCACAGGACAACCAUUCCAGGUAGCGAAUUCUGUGACGGAGACACCAAACAUGAAUGAGAUUCACAGCAACGGUUUAUCUCAGCGCCGCAAACUCGAUGUUGCCGCAGAUGCUCGCGGUGGCGAGAACCAGGUCGACGACGAAGGCUGGUCAGUCGCAGAGUCAAAAUCAUCACGAAAGAAGAAACGGCGCAGACUUCGAGAAGAUCCAACGAUCUACCCCAGCAUCAACUUUCUGGAUACCAAACCUGCUCGGGUUCAGCUCAAGGCUCUACAGGAGCUGGCUCUUUACGUUCUUGCCGAUGGAAUCGCACCAACUUGGCUGGCCGUCAACAAUGCUAAACAGAUUAACAAAAUCGUUGUUUUGAUGAUCCCUGGCCUUGACCGGGUGACGCUUGAAGACCCAGAAAUCCUCGAGUCUGCAAUAUCUCUUUACGAACAGGCCAUACCCAAAGAUCUCGAUACGAAUGCCGUGUCCGCCGAAGACAACGUUCCUGACUCGCCGACAACGCCUGACAUCAAAUCUCCGCCAGACAUGUCAGAGGCUGUGAGGGCAUCGGCAUCGGCAUCGGCAACAAACCCAGAGUCCCUCCUUGGCCGCCUUGUUGAACACGUAAUUGAAAUCAAAGCCCCUGGCGACUCAAAGUCGAACAGAGUUCACUCCCCUCUGCAAGGGAUGCUCAUCGCACCAGUCCCUCCCUCCGGCAGCGCCAACUCCAAGAACAAACAUGUAGAGAAAUCUCCACAGCAUACACGUACGCCGAUAUCCCACUUUAUCCAUACCUCCGAUGAGCUCCGAGAAGCAGAAUACCCAGUUCAUCCUGCGGCCUUCACAAAUCCUCAAGAUGCAGCCCUGGAAGCCGCCCGACGCGAGGCUACUUUCCAGUCGUUAUCUCACGGCUGGGUCGACACGUCCGUCGUCAAGUCUACCCCCGAUCCGAUCACCUCACCUCGAACUAACAACAUGUCCUCACCUCCUGCACCUCAUUCCCGCCGCCGCACCCACAUCUCAUCGCACGACCCUCUGACUCAAGGCCUCAAACCUUACGCCCUAGACUGUGAAAUGGUCCUCACCACAGACGACAAGUCCUCGCUCGCUCGCAUCUCUCUCAUGGACUGGUCCGGCUCUACGGUGUUGGACUCGUACGUCAAACCCGAUCUCCCCAUCAAGAACUACUUUACACAAUAUUCCGGCAUCACAGAAUCCCACCUGGCCGACGUCACCACAACCCUGUCAGACAUCCAGAAGCGCCUCCUAUCCAUCCUGGGCCCAGAUUCGAUCCUUCUGGGCCACAGCCUCGAAUCGGACCUGAAUGCUCUGAAGCUCACGCACCCCUUCAUCGUGGACACGAGCAUAAUAUACCCGCACCCGCGAGGUCUGCCGCUGCGGUCGUCUCUCAAAUUCCUCGCGAAUCGAUAUCUCAAACGUGAGAUUCAGAAACAAGGCGCCAAUGGCCACGACAGCGUGGAGGAUGCGAGAGCCGUGCUCGACUUGGUCAAACUGAAGUGCGAAAAGGGUCCUCGCUGGGGCACCCUCGACGCGAAUGGUGAGAGUAUCUUCAAGAGAAUCUCGCGCUGUACGCGAAUCGACGGGUCCAACAAGCACAGAGAGACGGCGAUCGUCGAGUACGGAACUCCCGAGAGGGGCUUUGGCAAGGAGGCGACGUACAAGAUUGCUUGUGUCGAUGACGAGGAGGUUCUCCAGGGCAUCAUUCGUGCCACGCAUGGAGAUGCUCCCAUGCCCAACGAUGGGAAUGAGGAUCCGAAGGAAGCCAAGAACACUCCACAGGAUGGUGUUGUGAAGGGCCAACCAACACCGACAGGCCAAAGCAUCCCUGCAGGAGGAGUGGACUUUGUCUGGGGUCGCCUACGCGAACUCGAGGCACUGAGAGGUUGGAACAACCCUCCAGCGGCACAGCCACCUGCUUCUUCUGGAUCAGUCGCCGCGUCUCAAGCAAAUUCUACGACCGCCACUGCUCCAGAAACGGCCGAGUCCCCCGAGACCUUGCGCCAAACGGCCUCGCGAACACUGUCACGUCUUUUGACCCUGUACGCCGCCCUGCCUCCGCGGACCCUGUUGGUCACGUACAGCGGCACGAACGACAUGCGGCCCGUCCUGCGCCUGCAGCAGCUCCACGCGCAGUACCGCAAGGAGUUCAAGGUCAAGAAGUGGGACGAACUGAGCGUCAAGUGGACCGACGUGGAAGAACAGCAGCUGCGGAGUGCGGUCGACGUUGCGAGGAGAGGCGUGGGCCUCCUCGCCAUGAAGUAAAUGUUCCGGUCCCCCCUCCAAGAAGACAAAAGGCAAACAAAGAAAGGGUUGAAAAUUCCCAAUUGUACGACUAGUAUCGAACGAAAUGGACAGGUAUGAAGCUCUCCGGCAUUAGCUUUGACCAGAGACAGUGCCGGCAACCUGCUGGUGAACUUCGACCACCAUCAAGGAGUAGGCAUUCAUUGUUGUAAAAGUCUCAAAAAUCCCAUAUAAUGCUACUGAAUUUCGCUUUCAACAGACAAGGCUGAAUGCUCUAAAGGACUGUCACCAGGACCUUUUUCAUCAAGGCGAUCAUCACUCAAAAAUCAAUGACAAUACUCGAGCAUACGGGAUGUCGCUUUAUAGAUGACUGUUCACAAUUGUCCUAUCUCUUUUCCCG